AUGCCUCCGCCGGAUCGCCUGGCUCCCCUGCCUCAGCCGGCUCACCGGGCUUUCAUGCCUUUUCCGGAUCGUCAGGCUCUCAUGCCUCAGCCUCUGUAUAAUCACAUCCAACUAUCAAAUAACUUGAUCUCUGGCUGUGACUACUCACUUUUCAAGGAUGGUAUCGAGCCCAUGUGGGAGGUCGAGAGGAACAAGCGUGGCGGCAGGUGGCUCAUCACACUGUCCAAACUGCAGCGCAGGACCGACCUCGACCGCUUAUGCAGAGGAGGGUCGUCACUCCUGUGCCUUGUGGGUGAAGCUUUUGAUGACCAUAGCGACGAUGUUUGCGGGGCAGUAGUCAACAUCCGAACGAAAGGAGACAAACUCGUGAUAUGGACAACAGUGUGA